AUGUAUCAUAGUAUUAAUGUUACCAAAGGAAUACCUGAUACUGGAUUCAUAUGUGGGCAAAAUGGUUGUCAGAGCAAUUUUGUUCAUUUUCGUAACUUAAGACGUCACAUAUUAAAUAACCACUUGGCUGAAGCAAAUUUGGCAACAGCUGCUGCCGAUGACGAAGUCAAUGCAGUUGAAAUGAAUGAAAAUAUGGAAUAUGACAAUAACGAUAUAUUAGAGCAUCAUGAAAUGGAAGCUGAAGCAUUCAAUAAUAUGGCUAGGGAUAUUGUAAAUGCCCCUUUAGAUUUGCGAUCUUACAUUGUUAAAAUGAUUUAUGAAAUAAAUGCUCAACUGGUUCAACAUCUAGUAAAUAAGGAAAUUAUUAGAGACGUUAAUAAGGUUUUUGAUAACGAAAAUCCAUUUCUAGAUUUAAAAACAUUUGAACAGCAAAUGAAGGCACUGAAUGAAAAUAGUGACUACAUUGAUCCAAUCGAAAUUCCUUUGGGUCGACGUGUGGAUUCCAGAUUAAAUAAAACAACUCUAUCCAAUCAAGAAGUUAGGUUAAUUAUCGAUAAUGAGCAGCCAUCUUCUGAUGGUAGUUUGGAGUCAUUUAUAGACGGGGAUCAUUUUAAGAAUCAUGUUUUCUUUCAAAAGUACAAAAAAGCUUUAAGAUUAAAAUUAUAUUACGAUGAGAAAGAACUUGUUGGUCCCUUAGAUUCUAAAACGGGUGUUCAUAAGGUUGGAGUAUUUUACUACCAAAUUUCAAAUUUACCUGCUCAUAUGAAUUCUGCGUUAAACAGUAUUCAUGUUUUGAUAGUAGCUCAUCACGUUGAUGUCCAAAAGUAUGGCUUCGAGAAAAUUCUUUCUCCUUUUAUGAAAGAGUUAGCCCAAUUAGAAAGUGAUGCGGGAAUAACUUUGAAGUUUGGAGAUGAAAAUUUUAUUCUUCGAGCUUCCAUUGAAAGUUUUUGUGGAGAUGCACUAGCCCUUCAUGACGUUUUCAACUAA